AUCUAUCUUCAAACUCCAAAUUUCUCUCUCUUCCCGAUUUUUUUUCCAUUACAAUUUCGUCAAGUUUUUGAAAUGACUGGUAGAGGCAAAACUCUAGGUUCUGGAGCCGCAAAGAAGGCUACAUCUCGUAGUAGUAAAGCUGGGCUACAGUUUCCUGUUGGUCGUAUUGCUCGAUUCUUGAAGGCUGGUAAAUAUGCCGAACGUGUUGGUGCCGGAGCUCCGGUUUACCUUGCUGCUGUUCUUGAAUACCUUGCCGCUGAGGUUUUAGAAUUGGCUGGAAAUGCAGCGAGAGACAACAAGAAGACCCGAAUUGUUCCAAGACAUAUUCAAUUAGCAGUAAGAAAUGAUGAAGAGUUGAGCAAAUUGUUGGGAGAUGUGACAAUUGCUAAUGGUGGUGUGAUGCCAAACAUUCACAAUCUUCUUCUACCAAAGAAGAGUGGUACCAAGGCUUCAGCUGAGGAUGAUUCUUAGAUUUCAUCGGAGAAAAUUGAUGAUUAAUGAAAACAUAACGUUUUCAGUUAAAUUGUGGUGAGAUGAUUAAUGUUAGGGUUAGGGUUAGGAUUAGGGUUUUUGUAUUUUGUUCUUACUUUUGUGCUGUGGGUAAUUUGAGGUUUAGUUUUAUUGUUGAGUUAGGGUGAGGGGGGGAUAGAAUUUACCACUUUUUAUUGUGUAUACGUCUGUUUUAUUUAUAUGACAAUAGAAUGGAAAAUUGUCCAACUUUGUGGUAAUUACCACUUUCUUUGUACUGUCUAGUGUCUAGCAAGGUCUAAAUUACAUCUCUCGUAAUUUGGUUUCCCAAAAACAUAUACGAUUAAUAAUAAUCUUUGAUCUUUCAUGUUA